AUGGACAGACUUGAGGAGGACGAGGACGAGGACGAGGACGAGGACGAGGACGAGGAAGGAUUGUCAUCCAUGUGCAAAGGUGAGCGACAAAGGGUCAUCUCAGUCAAAACACCUGCACUGGGGAAGAUGACUUUUAGGCGAUCAACAGGAAUCAAGAAUCAGACAGAAGUGGUGGAAUUUGUCUUCCUGGGGUUCUCUGGCAUUCUGUAUGGUCACAUAUACCUCUCCCUGGUAUUCUUAGCCAUCUACUUGGUCACCGUACUGGGGAACCUCAUGAUAUUUAUUAUGAUUCAACUGGAUUCCAGCCUCCAUAGUUACAUGUAUUAUUUCCUCAGCCAUCUCUCCUGCUUAGAUAUUUGCAUCUCCUCUGUCACCGUCCCUAAGAUCAUGGUGAACCUCUUGCUCCAACAACAGACCAUCUCCUACAAUGAGUGCAUGGCCCAGAUGUUCUUCCUGAUGUCUUUCCGCGGGGAGCAGAAGAGGCCUGGCUUGCUAGCUGUCAUAACCCUCGACCUUCAUGCAUGCAUCUGCAAACCUUUGCAUUACUCCCACCUCAUGAACACCAAGGUGUGCACCGUACUGGCCUUUGCCACGUGGAUCUGGGGCUUCCUAGACUCCGCUCUACAGAUGGCACUCAGCACCAGGUUGGACUUUUGUGGAGUCAACCAGAUUCAUCACAUCUUCUGUGAUGUACCUCCACUGAUGAAAAUUGCUUGCAAUGAUGCACCCAUCAAUAAACUGGCACUCCAAAUGGCAGGAGUUUUUAUGGGUGGGGGGCCCUUACUGUUCAUUAUUUCCUCAUACAUCUUCAUCCUGUCCUCCAUCUUGAGGAUUCAGUCCACUACUGGCAAGCGCAAAGCGUUUUCCACUUGUGCGUCUCACCUCACGGUUGUCUUCAUUUACUAUGGAAAUGCACUACUGAACUAUCAGAGGCCACGUGCUGGUUACUCAGUGGCGACGGGCACUUUGGUCUCCAUCAUGUACUGUGUAAUCACCCCAAUGCUGAACCCCCUCAUUUACAGCCUCCGCAACAAAGACGUGAAGGGGGCCCUGAAGAAGGCUGUGGAAAGCUGGAGGAAGUCUGAGCAUCACCACUCUGCUUUCAAGAUUGCAAGAUGA